AUGUUCGCCCUGCGCUCUGCUGUUGCCUUGACUUGCUUGGUUGCGGCGGCUGGCCGACGCCACAGCGACAGCUAUCUGACCCCUGAAGUUGGGCAGGCUGAAGAGAAGACGGCUGAAGCUCUUGAAAGCAUCACACCUCAUGGUGGUGAUGGGCAUCUCACCCCAUUGUCAGCUUCCUUCCAAGUUGCUCCUACUAUGGGUGACAUGCCUGUCAAGACCAGGAUGACGCUCUUGAUGUCACACGUGUCAACAGCUGCCUCAGAGGUCGGCAUCGUAUGUCAGCUCACGGCCAAAGACGAAGUUUCUGCAACAAACUUUGCCCAGGCUUUGACGGACUACUAUGCAGCGCAGAUAAAGCUUAUUGGCCGUGCUCCCCCUGUGACUUGGCACGAGUUGACUGCAUGGAGGACCCAUGAGGAGCAUGGAAUCUGUGUGAAAAUUCACGAGCUGAUACGAGUGACCUUGGAGUUCUCGGCCCUCGGUCGGCAAGUGUUGAUCAAGGUGAAGGGAUUCCCGAAAGAAGCCACCCAACACUUUGUUGCAGCAGUCGAGGGAUUUGCAAGCAAUCUUGGACACGUGAAUGCCUCUGUGGAUUUGGAUUUUGACAUGCGCGAAGUCAUGGCUCAUCUCAGCAACGAUACGGUUCUCUACGAAGAGCUCUACAAGGGAUUUCGGUAUUCCGUGGAUGCCUCCCUGUCAAAGGCUCUGGAGAAUCUCUUGGCUUCAAUGGUGCCAGACACCACAGUUCCUGGUGCACCGUUCUCAGGACAGGCUGUGGCCAGGAAGCUCUUCAGCCUUUUCACCGGUGCUUCUGCUGAUGUGAAGGUGGCGUUCGAUGAAUCGGUUCGCCAAGAUUUGAUUCGAAGCAUGCCAUUUGUGAACAUGUCAUAUGGCACACUGGUCUCUCUGUACCGCCCGCUUGUCAGCAUGUAUCCCACAAUCCUCCGCGGUACCGACAUUGCCUCGAAGACCUUGAACAUCAUUUCGACGAUGGAGAGGAUUGAGACGCUGGACACUUGGGAAAUCACGGGACUUCCAGGUUUACAGCUCAUGGCUGUUGGCAACACCAGCUCUGGAAGCUUCGAGUUCUUGAGCAAGCUGGCGAAGGAUGCCGGUCUUGUUGAGGUUCUCCGCAACACCUCAACGAUGUUCCCUCCGGAGUAUCAUUAUCCUGAGCCUUCGUACAUUGCUUCCACCCCGGUUCCUUCGUACACUAGUACCACCACCCUGGUUCCUUCGUACAUUGCUCCAGCAGGCAUCACCAGCAACACGUCCAUGGACAAGUUUGUAAACUCGUAG